AUGAAAUACGUGAUCAGCGCCUUCUCGGCGAUCACCUGGUACAACGCGAUCGAGCUGGUGAUCCUAUGCCUGACCACCUUCCAUUCCUACCGGGGCUGCUACUUCUGGAGUCUAUUCAUCACCAGCUUCAGCCUGAUCCCGCACGUGCUGGGCUACACUUUGUUUCUCUUCGCGCCAGACGUCUCGCGCUACAUCUCGGUGACCCUGAUCGUGCUCACCUGGUACUGCAUGGUGACGGGCCACUCGCUAGUCCUCUGGUCGCGCCUGCACCUGGUGCUACACCGCCCGAAGCUCCUGAAAUGGAUAUUGGGGGCCAUCAUCGUCGACGCGAUCCUCUUCCACAUCCCGACCACCGUGACACUCUACGGGGCGCUGGGCGGCUCGCCGCGCUGGAAGUCCGGCUACGAUACCAUGGAGCGCAUCCAGCUGGUCGCCUUCUGCGUGCAGGAGGCCCUCCUCUCAGGAAUCUACGUCUACGAGACGAUCAAGAUGCUGCGGCUGCGGCCGGAGCGGCCGCGGCGGCUCAUCCUGGCGCAGUUGCUGGUCAUCAAUGUCGUGAUUCUCGUGCUGGAUCUCGCGGUUGUCGCGAUCGAGUAUGCCGGGUAUUAUGCCCUGCAGGUCAUGUUUAAGCCCGUCGCAUAUAGUAUCAAGCUGAAGCUAGAGUAUGCGAUUCUGGGGCGAUUAUUGGGUGGUUACGGGACAGUAUUAUUUUCCUGA